GGCGGCUCAUUCGUGAAGGAAAUCUCGUGCAAAACGGACGUUCUUUUUACAACUCUCUCCCCCAGUCGUGAAAGUGCCGCGCGCGUUUCAAGGACUUGCGAUUUUUUUCUCGGUUGGAGUUUAAAAGACUUGAAAGUUUGUUAAAAGUGUGACGUUGACUAGAUCAAAUAACAAUUAAAAGACAUUUGCUGAAGUGAUUUCGUGAUUUUAGUAGUGUUUAAAAAUAUAACAAUUGCUGAAGGGGUUUCAAACCAGAAUGGAUAACUUUAAGAAAAAGACACCGGGACGGCCCAAUUUGGAGUACACGCCCAUCCGGCCGCACUGGACCGGCUCGAGCAAGUCCGAGGUGAGCAACUACAUCUUCGGCAGCAUGAAGUCCAGCAUGACGGACGUUCCGGCCCAGACGGCGGCCGGCUCGACCCUGCCCCUGGUGGGGAUGCCCCGCGACGACGAGGAAUCGGCGCUGUACAACCCGUUCGAGCACCGCAAGUUGACCCAUCCGACGUCCAACACGGAAACGCUGGUGCACCUGCUGAAGGGUUCGCUCGGGUCGGGCAUUCUGGCGAUGCCGCUGGCCUUCGUGAACGCGGGGUUAUGGUUUGGAUUGGGCGCGACGCUUGCCAUCGGUGCGAUCUGUACCUACUGUAUUCAUAUUCUAGUCAAGUGUUCGCAUCUGCUGUGCCGGAGGGCGCAGAUUCCGUCGCUCGGGUUUGCUGACGUGGCGGAAACGGCGUUUUUGGCGGGACCGGAGGGUCUUAAGAAGUACUCUCGGCUGGCGAGGUUCAUCAUCAAUUUGUUCCUGGUGCUUGAUCUGAUGGGCUGCUGCUGCAUCUAUAUCGUGUUUGUGGCUACCAAUGUGAAGCAGGUGGUAGAUUAUUACACCCACAGUCACUACGAUGUGCGGUAUUACAUCGUGUUGACGCUGGUGCCGCUGAUUUUGAUCAAUUUGAUCAGAAAGCUCAAAUACCUCACCCCGUUUUCGAUGAUCGCGAACGUCCUCAUCGGUGCUGGAGUCGGCAUCACCCUGUACUACAUCGUGAUGGAUCUGCCGGACUUUUCGGAGCGCAAGGGCAUCGCCGAUUUGCACCACAUGCCAAUGUUCUUCGGAACUGUCAUCUUCGCUCUGGAGGGAAUCGGUGUAGUGAUGUCGCUGGAGAACAACAUGAAGACGCCGCAGCACUUUAUCGGAUGUCCUGGAGUGUUGAACACUGGAAUGACUGUGGUGGUGGCGCUGUACGCGGCCGUUGGGUUCCUGGGGUAUUUGAAGUACGGUGAUGAUACCAAGGGCAGCGUGACGCUGAAUCUGCCGGUGGAAGAUAUCUUGGCUCAAGCGGUGAAAAUCAUGAUCGCGAUUGCGAUCUUCCUGACCUACUCGCUACAGUUCUACGUCCCAAUGGAGAUCAUCUGGAAGAACGUGAAGCACAACUUCAACGAGCACAAGAACGUUGCCGAGUACGGUAUCCGUAUUGGACUUGUGUCCAUCACGGUGAUCAUCGCGGCCGCCCUGCCCAACAUUGGCCCCUUCGUGACCCUGAUCGGGGCCGUCUGUCUCAGCACGCUCGGCAUGAUGUUCCCGGCGGUGAUCGAGCUGGUCACGUACUACGAGAAGCCCGGCUACGGCCGGUUCAACUGGAUCCUCUGGAAGAACAUCGGGCUGAUUCUGUUCGGCGUGGUCGGGUUCAUCACCGGAACCUACGUCAGCAUCGAGGAGUUCUCCCAGCAUCUGGAAGAAGUUUAAGCCUCGACCUCCGGCUCGACGAGCGGCUUUGCCGCGGAUACUUCCCCGAGUGGAUACCCUCGUGGGAAGUGUGCGCAAUCGGGGGGUCGGAGUGGCACACAAAUGGCGCACCGCAGAAUGUUCCAACUGCUGGGACAGCGGCGCACGUGUCACUCCAUCGUCCCCCCCGUAACCUGUUUCCUUUGUGGGAAACGUCGUAGAUUUUUGCCUCUUUUUCUAAAGUAAGACAAACUGUUAGCUUUUUUGCAGUUCUAGUUGAUAAUGAGUUUUUCGAAUUAAAUUCGAGUUCUUAUUGGAAGAAAGAAACAAAACCAAGUAUACCUACCAUCAUCGUCGCUGUAAGCCCUUGAAAAUACGGGAACUUCAUUGGACAUUGCUAGUUUAGUGGUGGAUUAUUUAGCAGUAGAACCGAAACCAUUGUGAUUUUGAAACUAUCUCUAAUUAUUUUACCAUUAGUUGUGUAAGAUACAAGAAAGUGUUUUAUUUAUAUCGCACCAAAAAAAACAGACCUUUUAUAUUCUCGAAAGCCAGAAAGACAAAAUCACACGACUUAAGCUGUUCAAAAGAACGAAUCAUAUCGAACAAAAAAUAAAAGAUUUUAAUUCGACAUCGAAAUCAAACCAAAAUCAAGAAGCAAAAGUCUUCCAUUGCCAAAUCAGGAAACGAAAUCAGAAAACUGCUUAAAGCAGACUCAAAAGAAAAACAAAAAAAUGCUUUAAAUUUGAAACCAGAUGCUAAAAACAAAAACCCACUACAACUCAUGAACUGAAUGGUUCCUAGUAAUCAAUGUAUAUUGCUUUUACAAACAUAAAAUUAAACAACAAAAAAGAUGUUAGCGAACAUUGUUCGAGGGCUGUUGUCAGGAAUUAAAGAUAGUUAAACACACCCAUCAAUUGGAUUUCUCUCAGACAGAUUAUAUCGCAUAAAAAGAAACGUUAUUUAUUAGGACAGAUUCUAGCGUGUACGUUUACGGUAAGCUCGUUGUUACGAAGUAAGAUAAACAGUUUUUUAAAAGUGAUAAAAAAAAAUCAAUAAACGGUUUAACAAUAA